AUGGAGAAGUCCAAAAUCAUCAGCAGCGACUGGCUCCGGCCGCCGUCCCCGGAAGCGGCGGUGGUCGUGGGUCGGCUGGGAGGCCGCGUGGAGCUGGCGUGCGGAGCGGCUGAGCCCCGCGAAGAGGUCGGCGACGACGAGCCGUCGCUGCUGCUCUGGUUCCACGAGUCGCGACCGGCGACGCCACUGUACAGCGUGGACGGGAGGCAGGCGGGAGGCCUGGCGGGCGCCCAGCACAGCAUGGCGGACUCGUGGGCUGCGCGCGCCUACUUCAGCAGCGUGUCGCGCACCCUGCGGCUCGAGCAGCUGUCGCCCGAGGACCAGGGCCGCUACCGGUGCCGCGUCGACUUUCGCCGCGGACGCACCAGGACGUCGACGCUCACGCUCGUCGUCAGAGCGCUGAGGACAGAGAAGGGGUUGGAGACCGGCUUCGCCGGAAUCUCUUGUGAUGACUUGUCUGGUAUCAGCGGCGGCAAUGCCAGGAGCAGAUUCCUCGUCCACCAUGGAGGCGUCAGCGGGGGGCGCCUGCGGGCUGUCGUUGCAAUUUUCCGUGCCCUUUUGCAUCACGGACGAGCUCGGCGUGGAGCUGCGGGGAACCGUGGGGCCACUCAACGACGGCGACCCGCUGGACCUCGUCUGCACUGCCCACGGUAUCGGAGCCUGAGCCGGAGGGGACGUCCUCCUCCUGUAAUCUCAUGGUGGCAAGAUGCCAGGAUGCUCCUGGACAACGACUCGGCCAACACGUUUGACGGCGAUGUCUCCAGGAGCGUCCUGCAUAUCGACAUUCUGCAGCGGAGCCUUCUGAUGGCCCACAUAAUCUGCAAGGCACGUAGCGGUGAUGAAGAGGAGGAAGCGAGCAUCACUCUUGACAUAAAUUUGCGCCCAUUGGGGGUAGCCAUCGCCCCACCGGAAACGGUUCUCGUGGCCGAGCAACCGGCGCAAAUUCGCUGCGACUCGUGGGGCUCCCGUCCGGCCGCGAAUCUGAGCUGGUGGAUGGGCAGCCGCCGCAUGACCCGCAGCGCGGCCAGCGUGGACGAGUCAAGCGGCCGCACGAGCAGCGUGCUCGCCUUCACGCCCGCGGGUGACGACCACGGCCGGCGGCUCCGCUGUCGCGCGGCCAACGAACGCGUGCCCGGCAGCGCAAUCGAAGAUGCGCUCUUCCUGGAGGUUGAAUUUCCGCCCUCGGUGAGGCUGCGGGUAGUCGGCGGUUCGGCCGUGGACGAAGGUAGCGACUCAAGGUUCGAGUGCAGCGUCAGGGCACACCCGGAACUGCUGGAACCACCCCGCUGGCUCUGGGAAGGCAGACCGCUUUCGGCUGCGACCACCGGUUUGCGACACCGCGCCGAGAGCAACGGCACCCUGCAUGUGCUCACACUGCUUGGCGUCCGCCGAUCACAGAGAGGGCACUACUGCUGCCUUGCGAGAAACGCCAGAGGAAAGGCCCUCAGCGCACCGGUCACUCUCCACGUGCGCUACGCACCACGAUGUGUACCCAAUCAGCAGCACGAGUACCAGGCAGCCCUGCACCAGACGGUGCUGGUGCGCUGUCGGGUGGAAGCCGAGCCCGCGGCGCCGACCCUCUUCGGGUGGACAUUCGCCGGUGGACCACACGAGCAGCCACUCACACUGCUCGACCACACCCGCUCAUCCGGAGGGCUCGAGAGCCAUAUACGCUACGUGCCCCGCAGCGAGUUGGACUACGGCACGCUUGCUUGCCUGGCUAGCAACACUGUUGGAGCGGCCGAGGCCCCCUGCUUCUUCUCGGUGCUAGCGCCGGCGCCGAGGUGCCGUGUUGUCCAGCCGGGGCCCCGGCUCGCCUGCGUCACGGCGUCACCGAUCGUCCGGGGCGCCUCCCUUCUCGUCCAGCUGAGGGACCCCCGAGGAAUACUCCGGGCAUCUCUCAGAUCGGCGCAGCCCGUAAUUCUGCUCAAAGGCACAGCCUUUAAUCAUCACCUGCUGGCUACUGCAUUCGUGGUGAGUGCUUCGGGACAACGCAGCGCCGCUUCGACUCCGAUUCACUUGUUCCCAACGAGCCUUGAGGAGCACAGCGCAACGGCACGUUCGAACAAAGCUGCAGUGACAUUCUUUAGUUGUAGAUUCACCAUACUCAUCGUGGUUUCUUGGUACCUUAGACUUCAGACUACCGAGAUGCGACGUUAGAGCAGCUGUGUAUCUCUGAUUGGUGUAAGCAGCACCACGUUCGGAGAAUGCAACCCAACCUGGGCAAUGAGCAGUAGGAAACGAGGCUGUUUUUCAACAUAACAUUAUGUGCACAACGAUCCUAGACUACUGUGACAGCGGUAGUGAAAGUUGCGACGCUACCGCAUGUUUGUAUUUUUGUACAUAUUGUUAGGCGUUUGACUGUUGAAUAAAUAUUUUUAGAAAAAA